UCGCAUCCCCCCUGGUGGAGCAGCUCGGCAUGGCCCACGAGGCGGAGGACCUCGCCGUUCCUAUUCCAGCUCCUGACCGGCUCGCCCGUGGCUGGGUCCGGCGCUAGGAGGCGGCGGCGCCCGCCGGGUCCCUCCGCGUCCCCAUCGCCAACAUGAACGUAGCGCUCCAGGAUCUUGGCAGCAACAUGGCGGAGUAUAAGCGAGCUAUGUUUCAGGACGACGAAGCGGCAGAGACGGCCGGAGAUGGAAGCAUCUCUCCUGACAGUGUGGAGGUGGGCUUCAGGAAAAGCGAUGGCCCCCUGCUGGGUCGCCUGGGCUCCCGAACCCAACUCAAGCUGGUGCUCUGCGCCCUCUCUCUCUUUGUGCUGUUGCUGCUGCUGCUGAGUUCGGUCAUUGCCAUGGGCAUCCAGUACAGUAAAGAUCCUUCGCACACCACUUGCCUGACUGAAGCUUGCAUCAUUGUGGCUGGCAAAAUCUUGGAGGCGCUGGACCGAGAGAUCAACCCCUGUGACGAUUUCUACCAGUAUGCAUGUGGGGGCUGGAUCAAGCGGAAUCCACUGCCAGACGGGCGUUCCAAGUGGAGCACCUUCAACAGUAUUUGGGACCAAAACCAGGCCAUCAUGAAACACCUGCUAGAGAAUGCUACUUUCAACUCCAGCAGCGAGGCAGAAAGGAAGACCCAGCGCUAUUACUUGUCUUGCCUUAAAGAGCAGAAGAUUGAGGAACUGGGCUCCCAGCCGUUGAUGGAGCUCAUUGAGAAGAUUGGAGGCUGGAACAUCACCGGCCCAUGGAAUCAGAGCAACUUCAUGGAAGUCCUGAAACUGGUAUCGGGAACGUACCGGGCUUCUCCAUUCUUCACCGUUUUUGUGGGUGCUGAUUCCAAGAGCUCCAACAGCAACAUCAUCCAGCUGGACCAGUCAGGACUUUUCUUACCAUCACGGGAUUACUACCUGAACAAGACAGCCAACGAAAAGGUGCUGGCUGCUUACCUGGACUACAUGGUGGAGCUGGGGAUGCUGCUGGGUGGGGCCAGAGCUUCGACGGAAGAGCAGAUGCAGCAGGUGCUGGACCUAGAGAUCGAGCUGGCCAACCUCACCGUCCCCCAAGACGAGCGGCGGGACGACGAGAAAAUUUACCACAAGCUGAACAUCGCCGGGCUGCAGAUUCUUGCCCCUGCCAUUGACUGGCUAGACUUCAUCUCCUACUUCCUCUCACCACUAGAGCUAACCGAGGCUGAGCCAGUGGUGGUUUAUGGCAGGGAAUAUUUGCAGCAGGUGUCCCAGCUUAUCAAUAACACCGACAAAAGCGUCUUGAACAAUUACUUGAUCUGGAACCUGGUUCAGAAGACAGCUUCCAGCCUAGAUCAGCGGUUUGAAGCAGCCCAGGAGAAGCUUUUGGAGACCCUAUAUGGUACCAAGAAGUCCUGCACCCCCCGCUGGCAAACUUGCAUCUCCAACACUGAUGACACUUUGGGCUUUGCCCUGGGGGCUCUGUUCGUAAAAGCCACCUUCGACCGGCACAGCAAGGAGAUUGCAGAGGACAUGAUUGCUGAGAUACGCACCGUUUUCGAGGAAUCGCUGGACCAUCUUGACUGGAUGGAUGAGAAGACAAAACAAGCCGCUAAAGAGAAGGCUGACUCCAUUUACGACAUGAUCGGCUUCCCGGAGUUCAUCCUUGAUGACAAGGAGUUGGACGACGUCUAUGAUGGGUAUGAAGUCUCAGAAGACUCCUUCUUUCAGAACAUGUUGAACUUCUACAACUUCUCGGCCAGGUUCAUGGCAGACCAGCUGAGGAAGCCCCCCAACCGGGACCAGUGGAGCAUGACCCCUCAGACAGUCAAUGCUUACUACCUGCCCACCAAGAACGGCAUCGUCUUUCCCGCGGGAAUCCUGCAGGCUCCUUUCUACGCUCACAACCACCCCAAGGCCCUUAACUUUGGAGGCAUUGGCGUUGUGAUGGGGCAUGAGCUCACCCAUGCUUUCGACGACCAAGGCCGCGAGUACGACAAAGAAGGGAACUUGCGUCCCUGGUGGCAGAACUCAUCUCUGGAGGCUUUCAAGAACCGGACGGCAUGUAUGACGGAGCAGUACAGCAAGUACCUUGUCAACGGGGAGCAUGUCAACGGCAAGCAGACCUUGGGCGAGAACAUCGCUGACAACGGGGGGCUCAAGGCAGCCUACAACGCUUACAAAGUCUGGCUGAAAAAGAACGGGGAGGAGAAGCGCCUGCCGUCCGUGGACCUCACUAGCCACCAGCUCUUCUUCUUAGGGUUUGCACAGGUCUGGUGUUCGGUGCGUACCCCGGAGAGCUCGCACGAGGGCCUGGUGACCGACCCGCACAGCCCGGAUAAGUUCCGCGUCAUCGGCACCCUCAGCAACUCGCGGGACUUUGUGGAGCACUUUGACUGCCCUGUCGGCUCCCUCAUGAACCCUGGGAAGCACUGCGAAGUGUGGUAGAAAGAGAGAGAGAGAGAGAGGCUGCCCUUGGCAGGAGUCUGUACAUACACACAACUGGCCUGUGCUCAAAACCCAGCCCAUGGGGUUGGGGUGGGGGGAAAGGCUGAGCGCCGGCAGUCACAUUUUUGGGGUGCUACUGGUGGUUUCGCCUCAUCAGCUUUGGUCCCCUUUACGGCCCUAGGAAAAAGGUGAGCUUAACGUGAACUCCCCCCCCCCCCGGCCCGCCCAGAGCCCGCUUCAUGGGGUGGUGUGCAAAAGCACAGCUUCACUUCUCUUAGCUCACCCCACCACCUGCUCCAUCUUCCGUGGAUUCUGCGAAGGAUCUCCAGCUCUCCUCCUUCAGCUAUAGCUCUCCUGCCUCCAGCUUCUCCAGGAAACGUCUCCCCGAUCCUCCUCCACACCCCACCAGGCUGGCCCCAAUGCCUUUGGCUUCUCGCUCUCCUUUGUUUUGCUUGACCGCGUGCAGCAGCUCCAGAGAGGAUGGAGCCCCAGUCUUUGUAAACUGCUACUUUUAAGGGAGGGGAGUCUUGGGGUGGCCAGGCAAAGGAGGGUACCAUCACCUACUAAUGCACUUCGACUAGCAGUGGGGAAGUUGUCGGCCUCUACAUGCUGCUGGGCUCCAACCCCCAUCUGCCCAAGCCUGCAUGGGCCAAACAGUCUUGGGUGAUAGAGGGUGUUGUCGUUCAGCAACAUCUGGAUGGCUGCAGCUUCUUGACCUCCAAGCUGGACACUGCAGGGUUUUCUUUGGAGGCCGGCAAUGCUUAUUCAGUUGAGGAAUUCCCAACCAUAUAGUGGGACUAGUUAUGAAAGCUUCAGGUAUAGCAAAAGACCCUUUGAAGCUUGAGCAAGGAUCGGGUGCAUAACAGCAUCGGAAGAUCCUGGCUACAUCGGAGCAUAGAAUCAGAGAAUUGUAGAGUGGGAAGGGCUCCCCAGGUGUCAUCUAGUCCAACCCCCUGCAAUGCAUGAAAUCUCAACUAAAGGAUCCAUGAUUGAUAGCCAUCCAACCUCUGCAGGAUUCAUCCAGGAUAGUGUUCUCUUUCUAGCAGGCUAAGGAGCU